UCGCUUUCCUGAGACUUUAUGAAAAACAAACAGCAGGCCGACCGGCCUCUCUCCGGAUUAGUCCGCCCAAUGCAUUAGUGGUAAUUCUGUAGAAAACACUGUUGAUUUUUAGCCAUUAUCGUUCACAGGUUCCCUAUUUGCCGUUCUUAUCUGGCUCGUACGGGGCUCGGCAGCGUUCGGAUCCCGCUCUGCGCCACGGCUGCUCGUUCACAUUCGGCUCUUGUCGUUCGGCGGAAGAAUGGACGAGGCGGACUCGGCCACGAAGGCACUCGGGCUGGAUGAACCGCCCAUCGGCAUACCGCCGGUGGAGGGCUCGGAUACCGAGUCGGAGGCCGAAGUCACCACGAUGGCCGUGAUGGCCGAACCGGGAAACAUCGACAUGGGAGCCGAGUCCUUGCCGAACCCAGACGAGGCCGAGGCGGCGUUCGCAGAGGUGACGGCUGUGACAGUGGCAGAUGUCCACGCUGCAGAGGACAACGUCUUUACCAGAACGGUUGCCACAUCAGGAAGUCUCCCCGAACACAUGCUGAGCGGGAGGACAACCCUCCAGCUGGGAGAAGGUCUCAGUACCCAGAAGGCCACUUUGAUUGUGGUUCACACUGACGGCAGCAUUGUGGAGGCUGCCGGCCUCAAGUCUGCCUCCAUCGCAUCAGGCCCACAGACUCCACCCACCCCGCUGACUCCACCCCAGGACAAAGACUCCUGUUCAAAGUACAACUGGGACCCCUCGGUCUACAACAACGAACUGCCUAUCCGCUGCAGAAACACUAGCGGGGUCCUCUACAAGAACCGACUGGGAUCAGGAGGGAAAGGUCGCUGUAUCAGACACAACCAGCAGUGGUUCACGCCCACCGAGUUCGAGGGACUGGCGGGAAGAGCGAGCAGCAAAGACUGGAAGAGGAGCAUCAGAUACGCCGGCAGACCUCUGCUGUGCCUCAUACAGGAGCGUAUCCUGAACCCCCACGCUGCUUCCUGUACGUGUGCGGCCUGCUGUGAUGACCUCACAGGGUGUCCCAAGGAGACAGACGCUCUGGUAGCAGAAAACAUCAGUAUGACCGGUCCGGUCCGCCUCUUCGUCCCGUACAAGAGACGAAAGAAGGACAACGAGCCUCGGGCCACCACCCCCAAAAAGGAACUUCCCGCCACCAAAAACAUCACGCUGGCCCCGGGGACCACGUGUACGUCAGUCACUGUGUCUCCGUCAGGACAGUUCACCACCUCCGGCACCUUGACCUUCGACCGGACUCCAACGGGCGACGCCACUGCCGCCGCCGCCGCCGCCAUCAUCUCGGAAGGCUCAGCACAGAGCGAGGUGUUCGCCAGCACAGCAGUGCUGACGGCGCUGCCGGCGCUGGCCGUGGCCCCUCAGCCGGUGCAGGCCAAGAUGACGAUGGCGGCGGCGGCGUCUCCGGCCGCGGGGCUGGUGAGCGGGCUGGAGGUCGCGCCGGCGGGGGGGGUGGGGCCAUCGGUCACCGAGGGCCAGAAGAACACCUGGCUGUACCUGGAGGAGAUGGCCAACACGCUGCUGAGCAACGUCCAGCAGCUGAAGACUCUGAUCGAACAGGCCAAACACUCUGCUGGAGACACGGCGGGGGUCAAAGGUCAGGGAGGCAGGACUGAGUGUGGUCUCAGUCAGUCAUUUCAGCAGCAGGAGGACUCGGAGGCCAAGAGGAGCUCUGAGAUCACCGAUAUCAUCAUCAACCAGAUGUGUGUGAACUGUGGCCGGGUGGCGAUGAAUGAGUGCACGGGCUGUCACAAGGUCAACUACUGCUCCACCUUCUGUCAGAGGAAGGACUGGAGGGACCACCAGCACACCUGCUGUCAGCCAGCAGGGGGCGUGGGUGGUCAGGAGGAGCAAAUCACAGCCAUGGACAUGGACAAAGUGAAAUGAGCCCGCAGUCUGCAUUAAAACGUGAGCAGUGACCUCAUCAGACAGGAAGUCCUUAUGUGGGCAAAGGGGACAUUUUUCUAAACAUGUCUGAGCUGAAGGCGUCAAAUGUCCCGUCUGGAACUUUUAUUGUGAAAGGUUCCCCUCAGAGCGUUCUCUGAAUGCGAAUGUUCUCAUUCGUCCAGGUGUAACCUUCAGGGCCUUCAGUCGUCCUCAGCUGGACCUCGUCAGUUUGUCUCAGAAGACGUUUCCUCUCAUCAGAGCAGGCUGCAUCAGUUCAUGAGCCCCCCAAUGACAACAACGGGACACUAACGAGGCAGACGACUGUCGUUGACACCCAUCGUCCUGCAGCGACUGUUAACCUCUCUGUUUUAUGAAACAUUAUUUUGCUGCCGUUUAAAGUCCUGAUAAACAGAUUUAAACGUCCAGAGACCGUCCAGGACCAGUAAAGGUCAAACAUCAAUAAAACAGAACGCUGUAUGAAGUUAACCCCCCCUCUGGCCGACGCUCAGACGUGAAUAAUCAGACGUUUUGUUACCUGAAUGAAAUAAAUAUCUUCAUAUCAGAUUUUAUCUGCAUAAGAUUCAAAAUGAUCAUCUUUCAGGACGUUUUUAGUUUUUAUUUGUGAUUCAAACUCUGAAGUUCAGAAAGGCGGAAACUAAAACUUGUGGAACUGCUCUGAUUUAAUCAGUAAAUUAAAUUUUCCAUUUGUGUGCACAUCGAGCAUGAUGCAUGGAGAGCCUGCCAGAAACCGGAGCGGUGGAGCGGCGUCCUGUGAUCGAUGCUGUCGGCCAAUCCAGUUUCUUUCUACUCCACUUUAAUUAGAAAUGAGCCGAAAUCUGGACAGAAUUCACUUUUUCAAGUCCAGUUUGUACAAGUUCUGUUCAGUUUAAUGCCCCUCACCUGAAGAAUUAAAAGUUUUAUC